AUGGACUACUUCACCAAGUGGGCCGAGGCCGAGGCACUCACCCACAUCACAGAGUUCAGGGUCACGUCGUUCAUAUGGACAAAUAUCGUAUGUCGCUUUAGUAUACCGAACGCCAUCGUAACAGACAAUGGGAAGCAAUUCGAUAAUGCAAGGUUCAAAGACUUUUGUAGGAAGCUGAACAUAAGCCAUCUCAGUUCAUCCCCUGCCCAUCCAAAAGCAAAUGGGCAAGUCAAAGCAGUAAAUAAAAUCAUCAAACGCGGACUCAAGCUGAGAUUGGACUCCAGAAAGGGAAAAUGGGCUGAGGAGCUACCCGAAGUCUUGUGGUCAUACCGGACUACUCCAAGAGAGUCAACUGGUGAAACCCCAUUCUUACUGGCCUUUGGCUCCGAAGCUGUUGUCCCAGUCGAGAUCGGCAUGCCAACAGACAGGUUAAAGGGGCGAUGUGGAAAGUUCGACUGCUCAAUGUUAUCCUUUAGGCUUCCGAGUUCGAGGAGAAAUGUUGAAGUUAAUAAAGGAAACUUUCAAAUUCAAACCUUUAAAGAAGUAAAAGGUGCGAUGUGUCGAAGUUCCUCCUAA